AUGCGUCUCCUCAGCAGACCGUCAAAUAUCAGUCGACCAUUUGACCGCCUGGCAAUCGAGAGCGUGCUUUACCAGGUCUUCCUUGUCGUUACGGGAGCCUGGUCAGACCCAUUUGAACUCGACUAUCAUUUCGAUACCGAGUUCUGGCUUCAAGCGGAACGCCUUCUGGCUAAAUCGAACUUGUAUCCCCAUCGAUCCAUCAGCUUCAAUAGCCCUGUGAUUGGAGUUCCGCUGGCCUUGUUCAGAAUAAUCAUAUCCCUCAAACAACUAUAUCAAAACCCAUGGGAUCAUGACGAGGAGGCCAUCCACCAGCUGAGAAGCGAGGUGGAAGAAUGGGAAGGCGUGGUGCUCAGUGAAGGAGAAACCGACCAUCAUCUCGAGGAUGAAGAUGUCCGAGUCAGUCCCGGCAUCUAUCGCGACGCCGCCUAUCUCUAUGUUCUUGUUUCGUCCUUGUUGAUGGAUCAAAUUUCGAUCGGAGACUGGACGCCGGGAGUACCGCAGGUCGCCCCAAGGGACAGUUGGCAGCUCAAAAAGGCAAUCCAGAUCCUUCGGGGCCGUCAAGAUGAUCCAGACUGGUCGAAAUGUUUCAUUGGCAAUUGGCCAAUCUAUUCGCUUGGCUUCUUCUUAGAUGACCCAGAAGGUAUCGAGCUAGUUCGGAAAGAUAUGCAGCAACGAUGGGAUGUGGUCAGAUUCUCCCAGAUCAUGCGUUUUCGGAAAGAUUUGGAAGCCACUUGGGCAGCAAGAGGCACCGUCACAAGUGCUUCGAUCUGGGCUGAGUCUCUCACUUUGAUCCAAGCCAAGGACCAGGCAACAGAUUGGAUUGAUGCACUGGGUUGA